GUGAGGACACAGUGAGCAGUCGGCACAGUUUGCCACCAGGAGGGGGGCCCUCACCAGAACCUGACUGUGCUGGCACCCUGAUCUUGGACUUCCAGCUUCUAGAACUGUGAGAAACAAAUGUGUGUUGUUGUAAGCUACCCAGCUUAUGGUAUUUUUGUUAUAGCAGCCCAAAUGGACGAAGAGAUUUGGCAUCUUCAAUAUUGUCCCAAGUUUUACGCGGCUCACAUGACCAGCCACUCAGGCAGGGACCGAGCCCCAUGGCCAGCCCUGCCUCAGGUGUGGAGCUGUGUUUUCUGAGUCAGCAGAAGCAGAGAGGGAUCAGGGGCUCUGUGCUUGGAUCCUUCUGAGCCACAAAGAGGGCCUGAGAGGACUCCACAGAUGAAUGUGAGGACGCGGGACCCUGAAGGUGGCCGGACACGCAGGCCUUCCUCACCCAAUGGGCGCACUCUGGCCGGAAAAGCCCCCUGAGUUAGGGCUCAUAUGAGGCCACUCCCCAGAAGAGCACUGGUUCCAGGGAUGCCUGGGCCCUUUGAGGGAGGAAGCACAGAGUCUGCAGCCCUGGGCAAGAACAGCAGUGGUGUGUGAGCUGGGCCUGGAUCAGAGAGAGAGAGACAAAGAGGGGUGCCUUGUGCCAGAGCCCAUUCCCUGCGUGGGAACAGCAGGAAAUGAGCAAGAAGACCCAAUCAACCUCCAGUAUCUGGACAGACAGAUGAGGACCUGGGUCCCAGCCAUCCGCCAGCCCUUGGAGAUGCCCUACAUCCCACUGCCAUCUGCUGGUUGAGCUGCCGGAGCUGUGGCGCUCAGAGGCCAGGCUCUAGAUCAGCUCUCCAGGCUGGCCCUUAGCCCUGAGCACCAUGCUGUCCUUCUCCCAGGAGUGACUGUCACCCUGGGGGGAUGAGAGCCCAGUUUCAGGUCCAGCUUUUGUGAGCACGGCGCCUGGUAUAUAGGAAGCACUUGCAAGAUGGUGGCAAAACAGUAACAGUGAGAAGCAGAUGAAUGGCGUUUGCUGUUGGGCAAGUCAUCGAAUGCAUCUGAGCCUGUUUCCCUGCCUACAAAGUGAGAAUAGUAAUCGUGUCUACUGGAUGGAGUCAUAGAACUGGCUGCGGCUCUAUGGCUACUUGCCCCAACCCAGUCGCUACAUGUCCACCAUGCGCUCCGCCCAGAUCCUGGCCUCGGCCCUCGCGGAGAUGCAGCGCUUCUACGGGAUCCCUGUCACCGGCGUGCUCGACGAAGAGACCAAGGCGUGGAUGAAACGGCCUCGCUGUGGGGUGCCAGACCAGUUCGGGGUCCGUGUGAAAGCCAAUCUGCGGCGGCGGAAACGUUAUGCCCUCACCGGCAGGAAGUGGAACAACCCCCACCUGACCUUCAGCAUCCAGAACUACACAGAGAAGCUGGGCUGGUACCACUCGCUGGAGGCGGUUCGCAGGGCCUUCCGCGUGUGGGAGCAGGCCACGCCCCUGGUCUUCCAGGAGGUACCCUACGAGGACAUCAGGCUGCGACGGCAGAAGGAGGCAGACAUCAUGGUACUCUUUGCCUCUGGUUUCCAUGGCGACAGCUCACCCUUUGAUGGCACGGGCGGCUUCCUGGCCCACGCCUAUUUCCCUGGCCCAGGUCUGGGCGGGGACACCCAUUUCGACGCAGAUGAGCCCUGGACCUUCUCCAGCACUGACCUAGAUGGGAACAACCUCUUCCUGGUAGCAGUGCACGAACUGGGCCACGCACUGGGGCUGGAGCACUCGAACAACCCCAGCGCCAUCAUGGCGCCGUUCUACCAGUGGAUGGACACCGACAACUUCCAGCUGCCUGAGGACGACCUGCGGGGCAUCCAGCAGCUCUACGGCACCCCAGACGGUCAGCCGCAGCCCACCCGGCCCCUCCCCACUGUGACACCCCGGCGGCCGGGCCGGCCAGACCAUCGGCCCCCCAGACCCCCCCAGCCCCCACCCCCAGGUGGGAAGCCAGAUUGGCCCCCAAAGCCAGGCCCCCCUGUCCAGCCCCGAGCCACGGAGCGACCUGACCAGUAUGGCCCCAACAUCUGCGACGGGGACUUUGACACAGUGGCCAUGCUGCGUGGAGAGAUGUUCGUGUUCAAGGGCCGCUGGUUCUGGCGGGUCCGGCACAACCGCGUCCUGGACAACUAUCCCAUGCCCAUUGGGCACUUCUGGCGUGGUCUGCCCAGUGACAUCAGUGCUGCCUACGAGCGCCAAGAUGGGCGUUUUGUCUUUUUCAAAGGUGACCGCUACUGGCUCUUCCGAGAAGCGAACCUAGAGCCUGGCUACCCACAGCCAUUGGUCAGCUAUGGCCUGGGCAUCCCCUACGACCGCAUCGACACGGCCAUCUGGUGGGAGCCCACAGGACACACCUUCUUCUUCCAAGAGGACAGGUACUGGCGCUUCAAUGAGGAGACGCAACGUGGAGAUCCCGGCUACCCCAAGCCCAUCAGCAUCUGGCAGGGGAUCCCCGUCUCCCCCAAAGGGGCCUUCUUGAGCAAUGAUGCAGCCUACACCUACUUCUACAAAGGCACCAAAUACUGGAAGUUCGACAACGAGCGCAUGCGUAUGGAGCCCGGCUACCCCAAGUCCAUCUUGCGGGACUUCAUGGGCUGCCAAGAGCAUGUGGAGCUGGGACCCCGGUGGCCCGAUGUGGCCCGUCCGCCCUUCAAUCCUGACGGUGGUGCAGAGCCUGGGGCAGGCGGUGACAGCCAGGAGGACGAUGAGGGCCAUGAGGCUGGCCCUGGUGCUGGGGACGGGGACUCUGGGAAGGGGCCGGACGUGGAUGGGGGCAGCCGCGUGGUGGUGCAGAUGGAGGAGGUGACACGGACAGUGAAUAUGGUGAUGGUGCUGGUGCCUCCGCUGCUGCUGCUCCUGUUCAUCCUAGGCCUCACCUACGCCCUGGUGCAGAUGCAGCGCAAGGGCGCGCCGCGCAUGCUCCUCUACUGCAAGCGCUCUCUGCAGGAGUGGGUCUGACCCCCACGGGCCCCUCUUGCUCCUCACGGUGCUAAGGGGCCAGGCUGGCGGUGCCGGUGGCUCUGAGACGAUGGCUCCUGGGGCACCCAGCAAAGGCCUUUGGUGGCUCCCUCAACCCCUGGGUGGGAAGGGGGGGCCCAGGCCCUCCAACAUCCCUGCCAGCCCUGCCCCCAUUGUUUAUUUAUACCCAGGUAUCUUUUUUUUUUUUUUUUUUUGCACACUAACUGAGCAUUUGUUUCUACUUUCCUGACCAGGGGCAGUCCCUCAGGGCAGGGGGUUAGACCUUUCUAAAUGGAGUGUUGCUCCAGACAGGGAAUUAGGCCCCCACCCACCUCUAGCUUGGCAACAGCCAGUGUAGUAGAGGGUCAGAAGGCCCAGGUGAAAGAGUGGCUGACAAGCUGUCAGGUCGUCCCACCCUGGGCCCUCCGCAGCCUGGGCCCUCCGCAGCCUGAGCCUGGCCGGAGACUGGUUGGCUUUGGAGACGGGUGGGGCCUAACUGGUCUCCACCCACCUGAGUCUCACUCUCUCUGCCUUAGGAAGAGCUUUCACCCAGGGCCUCUUCGGGUGGGAAGGGACAGAGGGAAAGGUGACCACUGGCUGUGAGUUUAUGUUGAGUUUUGGUUCCUCCCAGCCCACCUCUGACAACCCCAGUAGCCCGGGUUUCUUGUGCCUAAGAACCCCAGCCCACCCCUGGCCAGCCAAGGGGCCAGCAGCUCCCAGCUCCCACAUCCCCCUUGAGCCCACACCUCCUUUUCUCUCUGGAGAAGGGAUUCUGGGCCCCUUACCAAGGACCAAAAGGGGUGUGCCAAGGCCCCUGUGCCCCAGGAGCCUCGCCGCCCGGGCUGGGCCUCCAGCCCCCUCCCUGUGUACUUUCUCCUCGCUGAGCUGUGACCCACCGGGGCCCCUUCCCUGGGCCUCCUCGCACCCUCUCUCACCCACACCACCAUCCUCAGGGGUCUCAAACCCCGUCAGCCUCAGGCUCCAGCUGCCGGUGUUCUGGCUCUCCCUGGGAGUCAGGGCCCGAUAGGUGCCCGGGCUGGGGUGGUAGAUGUCCACAGUGUGCCCAGCUGUGUGGGGUCCACAGCCCACCACGUGCCAGGCUUGGGGGCUCCUCCCCUCCAGCUCCCUGUCCCCUGGGGCACUGGCGGGAGAGGCCAGCAGCUUGUCCCCCAUGCAGACUGGGAGGGCUGUGGACUCCCCCAACGAGCCCACUGUGGCCUGGAGACUUCCCUCCUCGGGCUCAGCCCUGAGGGCAGAGACGUUUUCUCCUCUUUUCCUUCCCAAAGCAAGCAGAGGCGAGACUGCUGUGGGAAAUGGUACUGUGCCGCCGGCUGUGUCCCCUCUGCUUCCCGCAGUCCUGAGCAAGUGGGUCUGCCACCCAGAUCAGGAGGCCCUCGGAGGGGGGCUUCUCAUGGGCUGGCCCCGAAUGCAGGUCCAGCCGCUUCCUACCCCCUCAUCCUCAGAACAGGAGUGGCAGCCAAGGGUGGAGGGGCGUCCACGUCUACCCCCAUAUGUUUCUUUCUGUAAAUAAUCUGCACUGAUUAAAUUGUACGG